GGUGUGCGUCGCUGAUCAUCAUCUCAUUAAACCAAAAGUCCAAAACCAUUUGAGAGAAAUUUGCGUCUGUGAGUAAAGCAAUUUUUUAAAAAAGAAAUUUUGGAAAAACUUUUCAAUUCUCAAACCAGAAUUCCCGAGAAAAACUUUUUGACUUUCCCGGGAAAAUCUCUUUCCUUUCUCCUCCUUCCCCUUUCAUUCAACAAAAGUUCUGACUUUUUCUUCCUAUCUUCUUCUUCUUCUUCUUCUUCUUCUUCUUCUUCUUCUGUGUUUCCCUAAUUUUCUGGCUUUACCUUUUUUUUUUUUUAAUCUCUCUUGUCGAUUGAUCUGACUUCAAGAUUAGAGAUCUCGACGCGUGGCUUCUGUUUUUCUUUUGUCUCGGAGAAUCUCACACACAGAAAAAGAUUAAAAAACUGAAAUAGAAAAAGAAAACAAUAUUCGAUCGAUAUUGCUUACUCAUUGUUUCUCUGUCUUCUCCAAUUGUAAUCGUUUUACCCCAUACUUUUUCGUUCUUGAAAGCAUCGAUCUUUUUUUUUUUUUUGUGUUAUUGCUUGUCCCUUAAAUUCAGCUUUCUUCAUACAUAACGUCGAAGCUCAGAAAUCUAAAAUACUCCCUCGCUUGCGUCCCUCUCUCUCUCUCUCUCUUUCUUUCUUUCUAAAAGCCUCAUCUUUCUUUCUUCUCUCCUCCAUUGAAGAAGAAGAAGAAACCCAAUCUCUCUCUCUCUCUCUCUCUCUUUCUCUCAAUUACGGUCGAGAAGAAGCAGAAUCAUGGUGAACGUUAAAGGGUCUACAAAAAAAUCGAAUCUUGAUCGAUUCCUUCAUUGCAUAACACCUCUUGUGCCACCCCAAUCUCUUCCCAAGGCGGAGAAUAGAACCCUAAAUCGAUUGUGGCAUCCAUGGGAGAGAGAAAAGGUUGAGUUUUUCAGGUUGAGUGAUUUGUGGGAUUGUUAUGAUGAAUGGAGCGCUUAUGGAGCUAGUGUUCCUAUUCAUCUUUCCAAUGGUGAAUCUUCUCUUGUUCAAUACUACGUUCCUUACCUCUCUGCCAUCCAGAUUUGCACCUCUCACUCCUCCUUGAUCACAUUAAGGGAAGAGUCUGAAGAUGGGGAAUGUGAGGGUAGAGAUCCUUUUAGCGAUUCAGGUAGUGAUGAGAGUGUCUCUGAGGAAGGACUUGAGAACAACACGCUCUUGCAUCCGAAUGAUCGUUUGGGUUAUCUUUAUCUCCAAUACUUUGAGAGAUCAGCUCCUUAUACCAGAGUUCCUCUCAUGGAUAAGAUCAAUGAAUUGGCUCAGAGAUACCCUGGAUUGAUGUCGUUGAGAAGCGUAGAUCUUUCUCCAGCUAGUUGGAUGUCGGUAGCGUGGUACCCGAUUUACCAUAUACCAAUGGGAAGAACCAUCAAAGACUUAUCCACUUGUUUCCUCACUUAUCACACUCUUUCCUCUUCUUUCCAAGAUAUGGAACCAGAAGAAAAUGGUGGGGACAAGGAGAGGAUGCGGAAGGAAGGGGAAGACAUAACUCUGCUCCCAUUUGGGAUGGCUACUUACAAGAUGCAAUUGCAAGGCGAUGUUUGGCUUUCGCAGGAUCAUGAUGAUCAAGAAAGAUUGGCUUCGCUUUACAGCGUUGCAGAUUCUUGGCUAAAACAGCUUAGGGUCCAACAUCAUGACUUCAACUACUUCUGCAGUAUGUCAAUGACUCAUCGUGGCUAAACCUCCGUUGGAUGACAACUCUGAUGUUGUUUGCUUGUUUCCUCAUAUAUAGUCUAAUUCUUGCUUUGUGCUGGAAUCACUGAAUCGACCGAUUCAGUUGGCAGUGUUUUUGGUUAGUAUAUAGCGUUUUGAGUCUUCUAACCUUUGAGAAAAUAUAUGUCGUAUAUAGAGUUUGUUUGCUUGUUGAAACAGAGUAAUUUGUUGUUUGCUUGUUAAAACAGAGUUAUUGUUUCUUAUAAGUUAUACUCAUGGUCAGGAGGAACAUAACUUUAUUGUGUGCCUCAGUACCGUUACUGAAAUAGUAAUGUAACGAACUAAAUCAUGUGAA